AUGGCAGAGACAAGCUCAAGGGACAUCUACCCCUGCCCAACACAUACAGUCUUGCUCGUAGAACACCCAGCCAAGGUCAAGAAUACUGCUAAAGCUGUCUCGUCUAUUGGUGGUCCUGUUGCGCUUCGUAAACUGGCUGAUGAGCCUGAAAAGACUGUUUUGGGGCUCAAAUUCAGGCCAGGGGAUCGUUAUGAGCAUCCAAAAUUGUCUACGACGGUCAAGACGAAUAAUAUGAUUAUACGCUGCAGGAAGCGUGUGGAUCAGGAGAGUCUAACAUACAAGACUGGCAAGACCACAAUUUUGCAACGUCCAAUGGCGAUGGUCAAGCAUACAGUGCGGUUUCGCGGUAUGGCAGAUUUUGUCCUAUCGACACAUGGCUCGCCUGCUGUCAAGCGAUUUGAAGCAGCCAUCCAGACAAAUGACGCUCGCGUCAUGGCCAAUUACACACCGCAAGAUGACGAAGAACCAGAGGAGGAUGUACGGAUUGACAUGCCGCCUGCACCCAUCAUGUCUACUCAAACACUCCCAUUCACCUACUACUACCAACAAAACUACGCAGCACGUCAAAGAGCAACGCAAACACAGGCCGGCAGGCAACAGGGUACUGGAGUCUUGCCGCCUCGACAAUUCCUACUCGCUCAUUCAUUCUUUGAUGGCCCUGUUCCCACUUGUCCCUCUGAACACAUUUUUACCACGGAGGAGAUCCUUGCCGUCAAGACGAAAUUACAGGCCUUGUUUGAGCAAGAACCCAUGUGGACGAGACGCAAGAUGUGUAAUAUAUUAGGGUUCGCAAGAGAAAAUACCACCCUCAAGUAUGCACUCGCACAUGUCGCCUUUGUAUGGCGUGCAGGACCGUGGCGGGAUUCCUACUGCAAGUUUGGCGUUGAUCCACGCACGGAUCCUGCAUUGAGGAAAUAUCAGUCAGUCUAUUUUUUGCACAAACCCAAGGCAGAUGGUCCACAGCAUGAGAAGAACGAAACGCACAUCUUUGAUGGAGUGACGCCGCACCUCGCUGCGAGGACGUUUGCAUUGUGCGACAUUUCCGAUCCUGUGAUUGUUCAAAUCAUCCAAAGAGCCACAGUCAGAACAGAAUGCGAUCCAAAAGAUGGAUGGUUCCGACACGCCACCAUCAAUGCAGUCCGCCAUGUCCUGAAGGAGAAGGCAGUCAAGCUGUCUGAGGGCCAAAUUCCAAGCGACGCCGAGUUUCGAGAUAUUCUGAUUCAUGCAGAUGACGCUGACGCGAUUGAAGCAGUCGCGCAACUACCUACUGAAGCUGAGGCUGAAGAGGAAGAAGGUUCCGAGGCGGAGGAUGAAGCGCAAGAUGCAGCACUCGAUGCGCGCAUCGCCACACAACUCAACCAAGCCUUCGAAUCUGCCGACCUCGGGGGUCCUGACUUUGAAGUGGACUUUGGCAGUGACGACAGUGAUUAA